AUGGCUCUCUCCUUCCGUCAAAUCCUCGGUGCACCGCCCUCCACAGUCAACAUCCCAACCUCCGCCCUCCUCAUCAUCGACGCCCAAAACGAAUACGCCGAGGGCAAGCUCAAGAUCCACGACAUCGAAUCAUCUCGCCCAAAGAUCAAGGAGUUACUCGAAAAAUAUAGGGCGGAGGGUGGAGCUGUUGUUCAUAUUACGCAUGUGACGCCGGAGGGGGCGCCGGUGUUUACGCAGGGUACUGGAUUGGAGGAGGAGUUUAAGGAGUUGAAGCCGAGGGAUGGGGAACAUAUUAUUAGGAAGCAGGCUCCGAGUUCUUUUACCAACACCACCCUCCACGAAACCUUGAAAUCACUCGACGUUAACCAGAUCGUUCUCUGUGGAUACAUGGCUCACGUCUGUAUCACCGGAACCGCAAGAUCAGGUAUGGAGAAUGGGUAUGAUGUGGUCAUUGUUCGUGAUGCGAUUGGGGAUCGGGAUGUUCCGGGCGCGAAGGCUCCGGAAUUGGUCAAGAUGGUGCUGACGGAGUUGGCGGAUGCGAUUGGGACGGUUGUUGAUUCUAGUGAGAUUGGGAGUGCCAACUGA